AUGGCUGAUUUCACGGAACGGUUAAAAAUCAAACACCGGCUGGUACGCGAGGUGAUCAGAAACCUGAGCGACCUGUUCAGCUUCCAUUUAGGACUGGCUCUGUGUUCGUUGUGCUUGUAUGUCACGUUCGAUUUGUACUAUCACCUGCUGGGCCUGUGGAACAUCCAGUUCCAAACGUUGAUUUACGGUUGGCUUUUGCAAUACACCUCCCGGUUCGGGUCCGUCACGAUUCUGGCGCACUUGCUGACGAUUCUAAUCUAUUUUAUAGAACAUACACAUUUUAGAUUUUGAGUGAAGCGAUGAAGCUUAUCAUUUUUCAAUGACGUUUGUUUAUUUUUUUUUUUUGUUUUUAUCUGUGGACAACUUUUCUACCAGCAAUUUUGAUCCGAUUCAUAGCGAUAGCACUUUUUCUGAAAUCGAACUGAGGAGGUACUUUAAGAAGGUCGAUUUUUGAUUUUUCUAGGAGUUUUCCCAAUAAAUGGGAAAACCCGGGGAAAACAUGGGAAAACCGAGAAAACGGGAAAAUAGUUAUUACUGAAAUAGGCUCUAAUCUUCUAAUCUAGGUUCUAUUCUAAUCUUUAAAUAUUGUAUGUAUUAUAUUAUACAAAUAUAUAUUUUCACAGUAAUAUUUAAAUAAUAAUUUUAACAAUUUUUAUAAAAUAAACGCGUCAACUCGCCACAGUAGCCCCAGUUAUACGGCCGGUGACCGCGUAACAUAUUUUAUUCAAUAAACGUACCUAUAUUAUUAUAUUUUAACAUAACAAUAAUAAUGCCGACGUCGAUGACAAUCGUGUAAAACAAUAUUAUAAUACAUUAUUAUAUUUUGUUAUUAUUAUUGGUAGCUGGAUAAACUACACUACCCACUUAUAUUAUGUCAUAAAAUAGGUAAAUAUCGGGUAUUAAAUAAAUAAUUAGGGACCAAAGAUAGAUUAGUUUAUUGCAAGACUAUUUACAAGUACAAUUGUAUUAUUAUACAAUUGCAAAUAGAUGCACACCUCCUUUAAGUUUGACAUUUUAAUUCUAAAGUUAUAUGUUUUAUAAUGUUUACAGUUUUUAUGACUUACACAAAUAGAUAGUUUAAAAGCAAAGUGAAUACUUAUAGUAAUAUAAUGCAUCGAGUAGUUUGACGAUAAUUGUAUAAUUUAAAAAUAUUACACGAACUUUAUAGCCUAAAUUAAUUUCAAGUAUGUUAUACUUAAAAUUAUUAUAGUUUUUAAAAAGGUUAUUAUUAUAUUCGAAAUCUAAUGUAGGUACUAACCUAAUCUAUGUGCACUCGUAUAGCCUCGACAAUGUAUCAAAUAUGCAGGUAUCACUAUGUUUGAUACAUUGAAUCGAUAUACACCUGCAGCUUGGUACUGAUGUACGUAUUUACCGUUUUGACACCCUGGGACACUGAUACUUGCGUGCCCUCUUUUAAAAAUAACUGUUUACUAUGAUAUGGGAUGGUUAAGAUAGGCCAGACAAUAAUGAAAAAAAAGAAAAAAUAGCUGUCCUAGGAUAAUGGGGACGGGUGCAGCCACUGAAUAGAUAAUUUAAUUUAUACCAGUUAGUUAUGAUAAACCAUUGCUAACGAAAAAACGAUUCUCAGUGGAGUUCAGUUGAUAGUGAUGCUUUGUCAAAAAUAUAUAUGUUAUAUUAUUAUGAAAAAAUAAUUAAUUAGGUAAAUAAAUAAAUAAAUUAAUUAAUUAAUAAUUAAUAAUUAAUAAUAAUUAUAUACUUUAUUUAAUAAUAUUUGUUGAAUAUACCGAUUAUUCGCAUAGUGAUACCAAAGUCCAAAAGUCAUUACUACCAACUUUGUUAUUGUGCAUGGCAGGUUGUCGGUUAUUAAUUUUAUCCAUUUGGUAAUAAUAAUAUAAUCCUGAUAUAAUGAUAUAAACAACUAUUUUACGAUGUUUUAAAAUUCUGACACCCUCUCAAAAUUCGGCCCCCGGGGCCAAUGAUCUACUUUCUCUCCAAAAUACGUCCCUGGAUGUGUAUAAAAGUAUUAGGGGGAUUAGCAUCCAAAAUACUCAGUCAAUCCCCCCCCCCCCAAAUCAAGUAAAUAUCAAAUAUAGUAUAUAGGUGAUCAAUAUUAUGGAGUGUAAAGCAAAAAAAAUAUAUUUGGACUAUUUGCGUCUAUACUGAAAUAGGUAUCAUUAGUUCAAUGAUAAAAUAUGUAGUUAUUUAAAUUCGUUUGCUCAUUAUAUGUUGAAUAAAUUUUAAUGUUAAAUGGAUCACGUGCAUAUAGGUACUUAGUUCUUUAUCGCCGUUUCAGUUUCAUCUAUUCGUCGGUAAUAAAUAUAUAUUACUGUCAUAAAUAAUGAUUUUAGUUCUAAUUAUUCUUAUCGCGUAGUACUUACAACAACAUAAGGUUAUCAUCGCGGUAUUGAAUUAGUGUGAUACCUACAGAGUAAUCCCCUCUGGUCCGAAUUAUUUCCACAUAAUAAUAUUCCGUUAAAAAAAUUCUCCCGGAAAAAAACAACUGUAUAAGGCCGAUCGAAAUAAUAAAUAAUAUCUACAAGUAUUUAAUUUGCUUUUGCUUUAUUUAUUAAUCGUAUUAAUGAAUACAUUAUAAUAAUAUUAUAAAUAUAUAUUCCUAAUAUUUUUAAUAGUGUGCAUUAAACAUUCAAUGUUUUAUCCAUAAUGUCUCCUUAUCAGAUUUCUGGUCACGGUCUGGUCACAGUUAUUAAUAUACAUGACGACUUAUACAUACUCAUACUAAUUUGGGCAAGAGAAUAAAUAGGAUAACACGAGGGUAUAUUAUUGUAGUUUUUAAUUUGGAAAGAAAAACAUUCGUAAGAAAAUAAUAAUUAAAGAGAGUAAAGUCUCCAAAAUUGUAAUUAAACACAUCAGUAAUACUAUUGGCUAAUACUAUUUACCUCUUAUUUUACCGAUUUUCUAUUCAAACUUUUGAUACAUACGUUUCGGAAUUCACAUUAAACUGUAAGCAAACCGAAAAAUACCUCCUUUUAUUAGUAUUAGAUACUAAUGGUACCCGAGAAAAUACUUCUAUCCUGCAAUUACCUACCUAUAAGAUUCUUGCUUAAACGUUUUUUUCCAGCACAAAUACGUAUGAUGUUGAAGAUAUUUUACUAUUAUAUUACUUAAAAUAUAAAACUACACACUAUACUAAACUUGCACACAUUUAAUACAAAGACUGUAUAGACUAUGGGUUCAGGGCUCAAAAUCACACAAACUAUUCCGUUAUCGGGGACGUGCUCGCGGAAGGAGUGGGGAUAGGGUGUUAUAAUCACCCCCCCCCCCCACGUUGGCCUUAUUUUUAAUAUUUCGUGUACGCUUUACAAAUUUCUUGUAAUAUUAUUGUACUUUCUUAUCGCUAUGUGGUGACAAUAUUCAACACACAUAAAACAUGAAAAUAUUUUACAAAAUGACCUAACAAUGUAUUGAUUCAUAUUACUUGUAAUGACAUCAGAUGCGUAUUGAUUGAAGGAGUAUGAUAUAGGCAUCAAUUUCUGCCCAAAAUUAUUUUUGAUGAUUUUAUACUAAUAUAAAACGUGAUCAAUCUUCAAUGAGAUCAUUCAUUAUCUCGAAAAGUAUAAACAUUUAUACUAAUUUUUUUUUUCAGAAAAUUAAACAAACGAGCAUCAAUAAAAUUUUACAUUUUCGUCAUCCAUAUUUUCGGGGGUGAAACGACUAUACACUUUCGAUUUUCAAAUGAUGACGUAUAUUGAAAAUAGAUUUUGGAGUAUUAAAGGCUGUGUAUGCGGAGAGUAGUGGAGCCCUAAAUUCAAACACCACGUGCCGUGCCGCCACACGAAUGACGCUCCACUACUCUCCGCCUGCCCAAACUUUAAAUUGAACUGUCUCGUCGACAAGUGAACGAGACACCGAUAAUUUCAACGCCAAAACGUAUUGAAAUUAAUCUCCGUAUGCUUUAUGGAAUUUUCAAUACGGGUCGCCGUUUGAAAAGUAAUAAUAGACGAUCGUUUCGACUACGAAAAUAACGGAAACGUAUAACAUUUCAGAGAUGCUUUGUUUGUUAAAUUUUCUGAUUAGAAAAAUUCCGGAAAAAGUUAAUAUACUCUCCGAGACAAUGACGAGUGACGGUUAUCCCCCUCCCCCCAUCCCACGUAUUAUGAAUAUACAACGGUGAGCGCGUCAACGGCAAUGUACGAAAAACCGGUUACGUUAAAAAACCUACGGCGAGAGAUUAGAUUUUUUUCCUGUUUCGUUAUAACACAGCGACCAUAUUAUAAAAAAACGUUCGUCUGUAAGUACAUAUUGUAUAUAGUAUUAUGUACAAUAUACCACGUAUCGUUGUUGUUUUAACGAUAUUAUAAUACCUACGUAUAAUAGUGUAGGAUCGUUGGCGCGGGCAUGGGGAGGCGGUGGUUAGGGAUACGAGCGAUAUCUAAUACCGAAAUGCGCAUACGCGUCAAUCAAAUCACGAGGAAACGCUCGAUGCAUUGAUUAGAAAUUGGCUUCUUUAUUUUUUUUUUUUUUUAGGAUCAGGAUUGUGUAUGAUAUGGUACCGACCACCAAACCCGAUUCCUCUAUAAUCUAGUUUAUCCUUUGCACCAGACGUGUAGGUAGCCUUUGAAACACCGAUACCUACGCGCGUACAACAUUUUGUAUAUAAAUUGUAACCCGCAGUAACGGAUACCUAUUGAACAUUAAAUCUACUCCAUUCCGCGUUGAUUUUUAUUUUUUUUUCAACGAUAAUAUAAGAAUUUAAAGUCGUUUUCAGAGGUAAAAAACCCCGAAAGGAAUGGCGUAGAUUGCGGUUGCGGUAAAUAUGUUUUCGGUGCAGUAGAUAGCAUACACGACGCGAAUUCCUUAUAUUCUUACGUUUAACUCAUGGAUUAUUACUAUCAGCUAUUGCUAUACCUAUUACGUCUUAAUUUUAACUGUUUAUUAUAAUUCUACGUAUCAAAUGGCAUAACUAUGCAUGCAUACACUGUUACACGCGCUGGCUGUUUAAAAUUGAAAUUGGGAUUUUAUUCCGUAAAAUCAACAUUGUUAUUAAUAUUAGGGCUCGAAAGUUGUUGCACUUGCAACUUUUUUUUUUCUAUUGUCCGGAUGAUUUAAUACUAAACAAGCUUUAAAUUCGUUCCAUGCACCGUACGAAUUAACAUCUAAACAUUUUUAGUGCAACUUUUUGCAAUUCUUGUAAUUUUUUUCGAUUUGAUUGCAACUUUGUUGAUUUUCCUCGUUUAUUAUACAAUUUUGUACACUUUUAGAUAUUAUUCACUUGAUUCAAUUUUCGUUUACGUUAGAAAUAAAAUAACGACAGGGGCCUUGGCAGAUAUUUAUAUAAUAAUAGUUGACGGUUGUUUCUGACUUUGUCGAUUAUUGUGAUGGCAAUGGUGGAAAUAUUAUUCGGUAAGACGAUGCACGGAGUUAGUGUUUACCCAAAAACUAGAGUAUUUACAUAUUCGUUUGGUAAAUAAAAUAAUUGAUUGGUAUUUUCGAUGUUAUUUUACCGAAAUACGACAAUAAAUUUUAAUGUUUUUUUUUUUUUCAAUGCAUUAAUUUUCUAGCCUUAAUUAUUAUUAUUAAGUGUACGUCCGUACCGUGCGGUUGUCGGUGAACCGACGGCGGCGACGCGCACGAGGACCGGUCGAGGCCGGUCGCGGAGAGGGAACGGUCUGCUCGCCGUUGCCGGUUCGGCCGCGGGCACCUCCGGCCCGCGAACGAAAUAAUAUCAAUGCGUACUACGGGAGUUUUUAUAACGACACCGGUCCGCGCGUACGUCGCGACCUAACCAGCCCGUAGCGCGCGUCAGUGUGGUGCGCCCGCGCCGAGGAAAAAGAAGAAAAAAAAAAUACGCGCCGACGUUUACGUAACGCGGACGGAUUUUUUGCCGAUUUUUCCGAUUUUUUUUUUUCUGAAACAUAUUUGCCCGUCUCGACGCCGCGUAACCCGUUUUUUUUUUUCGCGUUCCCCCUUGCCCCCUCCCCGCCCGUCGAUUCUUUUGAAAAUUAUUAUCGAACGGACGGUACAUUACAAUAUUAUUAUUAUUAUAUUCGUGCGUUGUAUGCAAUAGUUAUUGUUACGUAAUAAUCGCGUACGAAUGACCGCGUCCGUCGUCCGUCGUUUCAUUCCGGUGACGGCCUUUGCGAGCCACGCGUAAACGUUCUGCAGGUCCCUCGCGUGCCUCGACGUCCUCCGGCGAACGAACGUAAGUACGACUUUGAUUACUUACUUCCGCCUGUGCCUAUACUCGGGCCCGGCUCGAGGAGUACAGGCGACAUAGGCCCGCGCCCACGGCGGCUUUUAAACGUUUUUACAUAGUGUUUACACGUAUAAGGAGCGGCAAACUUGAAUUUGCUUAGGUGCGUUUAAACGCUCGAGCCGGGCCUGAAUGUACUCGUUCAAUACGGAUGUACUUCGCGGUCUCGAAAAACCACAAGCAUCGCGUGUAAACCGUUUGUUACGAUUGCGCAUUCCGUUUUGGACGGCGAUUUUACACAGGUGAAACUAAAUGGACGGAAUUCAGGGACGUCGUUUUACAUAUUUUGUUCGUGUGAUGCGAAACCUGUACUCGAAGACGUUAAAAUUGCCGUGAAAUCCGUUCGCGUAGCGUGUUAAGCUCGAAAUCAAUGCUUCAACCAUCACAUAUACCAUACAAAUGUAUAACACAAUUCGAAAACGUACUUGAAAUCGAUUUCAAUAUUCAUUAUUUAUUUUAUAAUAAACUAAAAUAUGCACGACUUUAGUACCUACUUGAUCAAUUUAUUAUCACAACGAACAAUUUACUUCAUAAUAUGUACCGUAUAAAAUUCCGUAAUGAAUCGAAACAAAACCAUGUAGGUUGUACACAGUAAUGACUCGACAAUACCAAUAGGUAUUUUAAAUAAAUCACUAUUGUAAGUGAAUGGUGGGGAAGGUGGAAUACAUAAAGUUAUUUAAUUUAUACCUAUAACGAGAUAACGUUGAUAACGAGACCAUUCGGAACGAAGCUCGAUUGUACAUGUUUUUAAAGGCCGUAAUAUUUACGAUUUAUGACCGAAUUUAACUGUAAAAUUAAUAAAAAAAAAAUACUAACUUACCUCAUUUUUAUUUUUUGAAACAAAAUUUACUUGUUUUUUCCCUGAAGUGAAAACAUUUUUUUUUGAAACUCGGGUUGAUUAUUUCUGGGAUGAUAACAGAUACGUACAACCAUCACUAAACUAUACGACAAAUAUAAAACUUAAAAAAGUUGUAAUUUCGAAAAUAAAUCAGUCCGCUCAGUACUGAAUUUAUUAUCGUUCUUAAAUCGGUAAUGUGCAUAAGUUCAAAACAAAAUUUAAAAAUUUGCAUGGGCCAGUGAAUAAAUUUACUCCACAUAAUUUUUUGCUCAAACGAUUUUCAUCAAAAUUUAAUAUUAAAAUUAUUUUAUAAAAAAAAAAAUACUACAUUAAACUCAAUUUAAUUUUUUUAUCUAUUAAAUAUGACUUUUAAGAAACUUCCUGUUAAAUUUUCAAGUAUUUCUGUUUAGUCUAACAAUUUUAUCCACUAAGUAUCUAAACGUUUUGAAAACUUUACGACAUCUAGAAAAACAAAUAAAGAUUUUUGUCAAAAUUUCAAGUCUCUAUGAACAUUUGAAAUUAAAUUACAUUAAAAAAAUUAAAAAAUUAAAAAUAUUAGAAGAAUUAUUUUCGUACAUUUUCCCGUACUGUCUGCAUUGUUUUUUGGUUUUUUUCCAAUUAUUAAAAAAAAAACACACAGAUCAAAAAACUACACUCUUUGUCAAAAAAAACAUCUCUUGAUGUUAUUUUAUUAAUUUAUGGUAGAAAACAUAAGCCAUCAAAUUUAAAAUAAUGCCGUAAAUCAUGCCGUAAUUUGAAAAAAAAAUCGUAUAUUUCGUCUUAUUUUGGUUUUUUCUAAUUAUUAUGAAAACUACUCUAAAUACCGAAACACGCUGUCAGUGACAAAAUAUUGAAAGGAACAAAAUCAAUAGAACCGAGUCUAAAACUCAAGAGUAUUAUACAUCUGUAAGCAUUUACUUAAUUAUUGUAUUUCGAUGAAAAUCUUCUACGCUUUAAUUUAGCAAAUCCGUCUUUAAUCGGUAGUCGGUACUGUAAUGCCAAUAUUACGAGUAUUUAUAAAGGCGUUCGGGUGUUCUAAUACUGCUGAAAUUACGAGUGAUUUUUUUAUAAGAUUUCAAUAUUAGCGUUUUAGAAUAUAAAUUUUAUGAAAUCAACUACAGCUACAUAUUUUAGGUGUGCUAAAAUUAAAUUCAUGGGAUACAUUACAAGUUAGAGGCAUAGAGCAUCAGGCACCAUCGGUGUAAGAAUUACGAAUUUAUCGAUUUUUGUUCCGUAGUCAAUGCGCAAUAUUACGCAGAGAUUAAUAUCUGUAUAAUAAUAUUAUAUUGUUACUGUUCCCGAACAGCAGAAACGAUAUAUAAUUAUACGUUAGUUUCGUAUAUUGCAUACGAUUGCGCUAUGCGAUUUAAUUGGACGUAGGACGUUUGAAAAUCAAGUGCAUUGCGUAUGACUUUAUGCGUUGAACUCGUUUAUUGUGUUUUUUAAUAAAUAUUUUAAACAUCAGGUGUUCUGGGAGUGGCAUCGAUAAUUAACGGAUACCCUUCCUCGUGAUAAUGUUAUAUUUUUAGAGCGAGCAUUGCGAUACUGAAAGGAACGUAUGACCCAGUGGCGGAUCCAGAGGCCUCGCCCCCUCCCCCCAGACUCAGUGGAAUGCGCAUGGGUGGGAAUUUAUAUUCCCCCAUUAGCUUAAAAGUAUAUAACAAAAUACGAGUAAUUUAAUAUCGAAAUGCAUAUACUUCAGCAAAGUUACGAAGAAUAACUCUAUGUAUUGAUUAGAAAUUGAUUUUUUUUCCAGCUGUUAAAUUACCAAUUACCAUAGUCGAGUCGGAUAGAGAAGAAGAUUUUACGAUUUAUUCACGAUUCAUAUUUGCUACGUGAUUUCCUAUUGCUAAUUUCUAGACAGGCCACUGCCUAGACUAUAAUAGACUACUGACUAGGUAUAGAAACAUUUUUAGGAACUCCUUGCAAUAUAUUAUAUUAUGCGAACAUAUACCUAAUACCUACUGUUUAUUUUCGUCACAUAAUAAACACGAGGAAAGCUGAAACAAAUAAUUGUAAAAAAACGUCGAAAAUUCGAAUGUGAACACCCGUGUAGAAAUUAAAAUCUCAAAUAAUUCUCAGUAAAUUUUCUAAAAUAUAGAGUCGUCAAUUGCGAAAACAUCCGAUUUUAUUCUUUAAUUUUGAACCUAGGAAAACUAAUGUACUUACCCGAAAAAAUAAAUACAAAGAAUCGCCAAUUAUAAACAGAGAAAAAAAAAUGUUUUUUUACAUUUUUCCUUAUUCUAGAAUAAUUCAGAUUUAAUAACAAGAUAAUUAUUAAAAAAUAAUUAAUACUAUUAACAACAUAAUUAUAUUAUAGUAUAGUAUAUGAAUACUGGAUUCUCUCCUACGAAGUAGUGACCAUAGUGAUGUUGAACUUAAAUAAUAUAUUUUUAGUUUUCUGGUUGGUUCUAUAGUUCUGUACACGAGUAUUUCAUUAUUAAACAGUGUUUCACAUGCGCUCGUUGUAAAUAUAGUGUUUUACUUUAAGCUAUAUAGGUAGGUAUCUGUUUUUUUUUUUUUUUUUUUUAAUCUAUUAGUCAGUCUGCGUUCGUGUAUAUAAUGUUAUAAUGUAUAAUGUAAGGUAUAAUGACGUAAAAUCGAGUCAUUGAAAUUAUAGUGAGCCUACAUAUCUGUUGAUAAUAUAGUCGGUCAAAUCUUUCAUCGUGCGAUAACUUAUGUCGAAAUUCUUGGAAUAUCCGUUAGUCGUUUACUGAAUCCCGUUCGUUUGUUUCUCUUAUAGAAAUCCAAAAAAAUUAUAAUAGACCUAUAAAACGGCUUCAGACGCGAUCUUCUUCUAGGCCUCGAUUUAUUUUUACUUUUAUUCCAUGAACAAUUGAACAACAACUAUAGAAAUUUCAGCAUUAAGUUAUUAAGGAGCAAAGUAGUGUUUGUUUUUAAUUUAAAUUACAAAACAAGAAUUGCCAUUUUCAUUUAUAACUAAAAAAGAACUUAUAUAACUUCGUAAUAAUCAAUGAGGUAGUUACUUAAAAAAAAAUUGUUAUUGAAUAAUACAAAUAACAAAAAAUAUAUCUCGAAUAAAAUAAGGAAUAAUAAAAACAAAGAACAAUAAGGCUGAUACGUUAUUUUUAAAUUACUGUAGUAUUAAAUAAGAAAUUCGUGUUUUAAGCGAUUUAACUACAGUAUCAAUAGUUCGCAUUUUCUGAAUCUCGAUACUUUUUCAAAUUCAAAUUUAAACCUAUUUAAUCUUUUUAUGUGUAAUCUCACUAUCAAUUAUUGUAAAAACAGGAUAACUGUAAAUUAUUUUUAAUAUUAGAUAUUUUACUAACAAUUAACAAUAUUUAAAACGUUAGAUAUGUAUAUUGGUACAAUAUACAUUAUAUUGUACAAUAAUAUACAAUAUAUUGUACAAUGGUAGAUUUGUACAAUUAUUUUACUGUUGUCAUAUUAUGCUCAUAAAGUAGGUACCUACUUAUAAAGUCACAACUUCACAAAAUUACAACCUAAUUUCGGUAUUAUAAAUUCAAAGUAAUCGAUAUUGUAUAAUCGAUAUAUUCGUUUUCUUUUUAAUUACAUGGUUCUCAUAAAUUUUGUUCUUAUAAAUAGGCGCUUAGCAUUCAAUUUAUGGUCACUAUUAAAUUAUAAUUUACGUAUUUAUAAUACUCUAUACGGCCUUUAUAAUCAUAUAUUUUUUAGUUGAUUAAAAAUUAAAAAUUAAAUCUUAAAGAUUGUUUAAAUUUAAAAUUACGAACAUAUUUUAUAUAACUACCAAGUUAUUUUUCUAAUAUGUAUUUAUUCAUUUAAGCAAUUAUUUUCACAGAAGACCGCCUCAUAAAUGUCUGGGCCCCGAUCUCAAUGACCCUGCUUUGUGAGGGUCUUGUUUAAAAAUAACAAAUAUUGUAAAAAAUAGAAGAAAAAAACCCAGAACCUCGACCAAAUUCGCGGCCCCGCGUUCCUGGCCAGGCCGACACUGCAAGGAACAAUUUUUUUUUUAGUAUUUAUUGAUAUAAUAAUUAAAAAAACAAGGCGUUUCAGAAAAAGUUAUUUUUCUCAAAACUAUUAUAAUGUCGCUUACGGCCUUUUUGCUUCGGAAGGCAGUGUUAAAAUGUAGACAUAAUACUUUUAAAACAAUUAACAAACGAAUACUAUAUAAUAAGCCAAUAAUAAUAUAAUACUAUGUAUUUAUUAUACUACCUAGGUACUAUGCACUAGGUAUUUACUUAAAAUUAAAAUACUAAAUUUAACCCUAAAAAAGGGAAGGGUUGAGGUUGAAAGUUUAAAUCUUCAAAAGAAACGUCUACGAUACAAACGCCAUCAUGCAUGUAUAUGAUUUCAUAUAAAAUAGUCCCAAUCAGCUUUAUACAUAAAUAAAAUUCAAAACAUGAUAAUAUAAAUUAAACGUUGUAAAUACUGAAAUACUGGAUUAUUAUUUACGAGCGAUCAAUUGAUGUUUAAUGGUAAUAAAAAUUAAAUGACUAGUAAUAGAGUCAGUUUAUCAUUGAUAAUCAUAAAGCGUGAAAUGUUUUGUGUCAGAAAUUUAUGAACGUAUCAUUGCUAUUUUCAUUUUUAAUUAUUUUGUCCCUGUAAAUAGAGAUUAUUGCAACUGUAUUGUAUCUGUUAUAUAUUAUAAUAUAUCUUUUCCCCGCUACAUUCGGAUCUUUUAAGCGCCUCUCUCUAAACCAAACGAGCUUAAACUCGCGAAUUAUAGAGUUGUUUUAUAGACGGAUUGAAGUGAUCAAAUUUUGGUUGGAUUUCAAUAUGAAUUUCAUCAUAUUAUUGCGAAAGGAGGGUGUUUUUAUCUUUGUUCACCUCUACAGAUCCCCUCCUUCCCAAAUGGAGCCAGGAGAAUAAUUGUAUAUGUAUCAAGAAUAUGCCUUUUGGGGAUUUCAAACCUCAAACCCCUCUCCAACCAUUUGUAUGCUCAAAUUUCAUAUUUUAACAGGAAAUACCGGAUUUUAAACACCCCUACACACUAAAAUAUAACUAUUAUAAAAACAAUUUUUAAAAAAAAAUAAUAAUAAUAAUAUUGUGACGGUGACAAGUCAGCUGGGGGGAAAUUCGACCCUAGUGAUAGAGCUCUGCUUCUCACUGCUGUUUCCUUUUUUCGUAGGUAUAGAUAAUAAAAAUACAAAACAAUUGCAUUAUAUUCAAUUUUAAUUUUUAUGAUUGAAAUUUUACACGCAUAUUUAUCGAACAUAAUAUUCAAAUAAAACAACUUAAGACGUAUUGUAUGAAUAAUUUACAAAGAGAUAAAUAGCAGAAAUAAACAUUAGGAAUUGGUAGGCAACAAUAAUCAUAGAUCCGCUUAAAGGAAAAACAAUAUCGAGUGUUUUAAUCGUAUUAAUUUCUUAUAGUUGUAUUGUUGCAUGUUAUGCGUUUAGCGUUUAGUCUUCCCUAGUUAUAUAAUUAUUGUGAUUUUUUUAAAAAAUAAUAGUAAUUAUAAUGUGAUAAAGCAAUUAAUUUAUAAACCUUGGUGACCUUGGUAACCCUAGCUCAUGUCAGUGUUUCUAUAAGGUACUCGAUUAUAGCUCUAUAUCAUAAUCAUAUUAUUAAUACUGUUUAUCAUCCUUAUAAAUGUAUUUUUUUGUACAACAUAGUGCAUAGUAUAUAUUAUGGAUACCUACUUAAUGAUUAAAAGUGGUGUACAUUUAUUUUCCCAAAUCGCGUGUUAGAAGUUUAGAAUAUUCGUUAUUAAGUAUUAGGUACAUGGUAAUAAUUCAAACAACUCUUCCGCAUCCUUGAAUUUGACGAAAUUAAAAAAAUUACUAGGUAGCAGUAUACCUAGUCAUACACAUAAAUGUUGUACAGUAUAAGUAAUUACUGAGAUGAUAUUUUACUAACUAUAGACUACGACUAUAUCAUGUUAAUUAUUCAUAGGUAUACUAUUUUAAAAGCAAUAAUCUACGUCGUAGCAUUCAAAAUGAGUACAUUAUUAUGUAUUACAAUGUUGCAGGCGUAUUUUUAAACUCACAGUAAGGUUUAAGUCGAAUGAGUAGACACAAUAUUUUAUAAGUAUUUUUAUUUUUAGUUGAAAUAUAUUCUAACACUUUUUAAUUAAUUUACAAGUCUCUCUGGAGUGAAGGUGCUUGCGGUUGAUAGUGCUCAGACUAAUCUGAAUAAGCGUUCUCGGCGGCCGGUAUAUAUACCCUGGAACCCCCAUGCUAAAGUUGCUUAGUCCGCGUUUUUCGGCAUCAACAUGUUAUUGUUCAGUCGAGUGAUAACCUCACACGUCGGCCCCUGCAUCCGGGUCGUGCGAGAAUACACGUAUAAAUAUAUUUCUAAAAUAGUUUGUCCACGGUCGUUGCGCCGGAGCCUUAGUUGCCCUGCCAAUUCGGUGCGCCCGAGAUUGACAGCAGCUGAGGUAGAUUUAGACAACCAGUCUCCGUCCGGAGAAUGCAGCUUUGAUGCCAAACAACUAUCGCCGUUUAAUUUGACCUCACUAAUAACGUUGUGGCCCAUACUUAUACAAUACCCUAUUGUUGCGUUGCAUAUAAUAAUUAUAAUAUUAUAAUAUUUAAAGGAAAUAAGCAGACGCCCGUAACGACAUUAAUUAAUGUUCGUCGAUAUAUUUUAUUAUUAACGCAUAACUUACUACCAUAUGGCAUAUAAUAUUUCGCAACUGGACUCUGCACGUCCUAAAUUGUUCACAUAAAUAAACACUAUAUACUUCGUACCAAUAAAAUAAUAUUAUAUCAAUAUCUUACGUAAAUAUGUAAACUUUUAACGUAUGUAGGUUUUUAUCAAUAUAAAUAUAAAUGUGAUUACAAAAAGGUACCAAAAUAGUAAAACAUUAGUUACUACUACUGUAGGCGAACCCGCGUAGCUUUAUGUUGCGCAGCUUUACAAGUAUCGCUGGCGAAUAGUAGACCAGGUUACUGUGUUUAUAUUAAUCGCAUUUGCGCGGUUUGUCGCAACAGGUUGCAGAUAUUUAAAUUGUUUUUAUUGAUUUUAUAUUUUGUGUAAAAUCCGUUUUAAUUGUUGUUGCGGUGUUUAACACUUAUAUAUAUUUUUUUCAAAUACAGAUGAAUUUAACGGGGCUGCUCUUGGUGGCUUUGGUCGGCGUAUUGUCGGCCGCCAACGGUGCCAACAUCCUCGGCGUGUUCCCCGUAAACGGCCGCAGUCACUGGGUGGUGUACGAGGCCGUAAUGAAAGCGUUGGCGGCCCGUGGCCACAACGUGACGGUGAUCACGUCGUUUCCGCAAAAGACGCCGGUGGCCAACUACACGGAAAUCGACUUGUCGAAAACGUUCCCGUCCGUGGUCAACACUAUCGGCAUCGACUUGGUGUUGACCUAUCUAACCAGCGUGUUCGCCAACCAGUGGUUCAUCUCCGAUCAUUCGAUGAAACUGUGCCGGGAGAGUCAGAAAUUACCAGAAGUGCAGGCGCUGCUCAAGAGCGACAUCAAGUUCGACGCGGUACAUAAAUAUACGAUUUGGUUUCAUAUUGCAAUAUUUACAUGCAUGCCUGUGAAGUGGCGGCGUGAAAUAUUUUGACAUUGAAUCCCCUAUUUAAUUGUCCGUCCACCCCAACCUGAAAAUACCCCCUUUCUACCAUUAAUGAAUUGACAUUUUUUGAAUUUCAAUGAAUUUUAAUUUUGAAUGAAUUUUGAAUUUGUCAAAAUAUCCCCGCAGUCUAAAAUUCAUUUAAUGACAUUUGUUUCGUAAAAACAAAAAUGUUUGUUAUAUUUCUGAACAUGCAGACCCCCCGACCCACCCACCCGUUUUUCGUGAAUCACGUGAUUCAAAUACACCCCCUUCGAGCCGUCACCGAGCCUGUGCGUUCGUCCCACGGUAUUGUUUCCGGUUAAAACUGUCGCUUUCGCGAAAAAUCUGAGUAUACACCUUACCCCGAUGUCCGAAUCACGACGGUAUUACAUUUUAACCGAGUGCCACCUCUAAAUCCGCCACUCCACCCGAGUACUCAUGGUUUAUACUAAAAACCAUAAUGCAAUUUCUGUAACUAGGCACCUACUCAAUAAAAUGUGCUGUCGUUGUAGAGUUGAUAUAGCAUAAAUAUUUUACGGUGCAAACUCAAAGUCAUUGACUAUUAUAUAAUUAUAAUAUCGUUGCACAAUAGGUUAGAUUUUGAUUAAUAAUACAAUGUUAACCGUUCUUAUUUCAUCUCGGACACCUUUAUGUAACAUUUGGCUAUUUUUUUUUUUUCAUAAACGAACACUAUACUCAGUUUUAAUAGCUUUGACAAUUGAUAGCUGCUCCAUAUCAUAUAAUAAUGUUAUACAAUCGGAUAUAAUACGUGUUAAGGUUUGUUUAUCACAUUAUAAUAAAGUUUGAGAUGAGUACACUAUACUCGACGAACUUAUAUAUUACUAUAAUACAAUAAUAUUCGUCCGUGAAGCUUUUGAUCGCAGAGAUUUUAACGAAACUACAUAAAUCGGUUAGUGGACACAUGAGCGGAGUGGUCGGUCUGGAAAAUAGGAAUUUUCCAAGUGGCCUGAUAUUUUUAUAUAAUAUUUUACUUACUCGCAUUAUUUAUAAAACUUUGUACAAAGUUACUCAAAGACACGUACUAUAUUCUUAUUUCAGUAGGUUUCUAUUAAGCAUUUUUUUAUAUAUAUUUUUGUUUAUGGUAAAAUUUUAAUUAAUGAAAUAACUUUUCUAAAUAGUUUUUUGGCUCGAAAUUUCCCCUCUUUCUUAUCUUUGCUCAUUUCACUCAUAUCUCAAGUAAAACCGUACUUACCUCCCCUUCCUCAAAUCCUGGCUUCGCCACUGGUUCAAAUUAAUAAGCGAGAAACAUUUUAUUUGUAGGCCGAGACGUAUUUUAUUGGGUAACCUGGAUAAAUUUUAAUCUUCCGGCCUGAAUUUGUUUCUCACUCCACAUGAUAAAAUUGGUCCACUCACCUGUGAUUUUAUUUUUUAUCACCAUGCCGAUAAAAUGGACCGUAUAGGCAUACACGUAGGGCACCGUCUGUGACCUCGUAUUUAUCAUAGAACAUAGAUAUCUAUCAAAAAUAUUAUGUAAAAAUAAAAUAUUAAUAAUAUUCACUGUGUAUACCUGUUAUCAUUCUCUUAGCACAUAUUAGGUAAUAAUAACUUUAAUAUUUUUUAAAUGAGAAAAUAAUUUAAACAAAAAUGUAAAAGUUAUCUAAUAUUUAUUUUAAUAAUACCUAUGAAGCCACCACAUAAAUAUUGUAUCCGUUGGCAUUAUUAUUGAUUAUUGACACUAAUAAUACUACCUAUUUGGUGUUAUAUUACAAUGAUAGCUAACGGCUAUAGCGGCGAUAGUUGUUAUGGCCUUUACUAUUGUAUGUAAAUGUGUCAAAACAUUUAUGAUUUUCGUUAUUUUCCACUCAGGUUUUCACUGAAAUCUUCGGUGCUGAUUGUGACGUUGGUUUCGCAUACCAUUUCAAAGCUCCGCUAUUGUCCAUCAUGUCCAGCUCACAUCUUCCUUGGAGCUACGACCGCGUAGGUGGUCCAGACAACCCUUCGUACAUACCGACGAUCGUUACUAGAGCGGCCGGAAAAAUGAACUUCAAACAGCGCAUGAUCAAUACAUUGUAUUAUAUCUACUUUAAAUUGGCGUGGAAAUAUUACAGCGAGUGGCCGGCCGACAAACUGCUGAAAGAAAACUUUGGACCAAAUACGCCUUACAUCAAUGAAAUAGUUUACAACACAUCCAUGGUGUUUGUCAACGGACACUUUUCUAUAGACGGGCCGCGACCCUUGGUGCCCAACAUGGUGGAAAUCGGAGGAAUACACAUUAAAGAACCCCGACCCAUACCUAAGGUAAACAAAAAAACGCCUUUUUUACAUGCAGACAAGUAAUGCACGACGCUUUUAUUCGAUAUAGGUUAGAUUAGAAUUUGAUUUUUGUUUUUUUUUUCAAUCGUUUUAUUUUUACCCUUACUAAACGUUUUAUUUUCAAAUAUCAACUACCGCCCUCAACUAUCAAGGAAAGGAAAUCUAAUAAAUUGAUUAUAUUAAUAGAUCAUGAUUAUAGAAUCACUCUAUAUAGGUUGAUCAUGUUUUGUCUACAAUUUUUUUUUCAUAUAAGAUAUUAAUAAAAUAAAUAUAUAUAUAUAUAUAUGUCCCACGAAGAUAUUAAAAUAUCUCCUGAGAUAAUAAAGAUAAUCAAAUUCUGUUUUGUUCACUUGCAAUGAUAAGGACUAAAACAUUGAUAUUUGAACUAAGUUCUUGUUUUGGUAAAAAAAGUUAAAAAAAUAAUAAUUUUUCUGAACAUUUUAAUAUUUAAUGAUUUUUAGUAAAAAAUUUUAAAAUUUUCAGAUGAAUUUAAUUCUAUAAAAUGGCUGUACUCAAAUUUUUUAAAAAUAAUAAAAUAAACGUUUUUUUUUUAUCAAAAUUAAACAAAUCAACAUUUAACGGUUGUCCAUUUUAACCGAAAUCAGUAGCCUUAUAUUACAUUAGAAUCGGGAUCAGACCAUUGCACCCAUAUUAAACAGCUGCCCGCAUUAACCGGUGACUACAUUAAGCGGAAUCCACAGUAUGAAUAUUUGUAGUCCUUAUUCCUGUGAGUAAUAUAAAAAAAAAAUCACACACAAUUUAAUUAUAUAUCUUAUUAUCUCCAGAAAUGUUACAAUGGGUAAUCUUCGUAGGAUACCUAUAUAUAUUUCCAUUUUCCACAUAAAGAUAAUGCAUUAAUUACGAUUUGUUGAUAAUAUUUAGUCAAAUUGAAUUGAUUUAAUUGAUGCAAUAACAUGCAUCAUUGUUAUACUUAACUAAUUUCUCGUUAUUUUUCCGAUAGAACAUUUUGAAAUUUAUUGAAGACUCGCCGAAUGGAGUAAUGUUUUUCACGUUCGGUUCUUUGAUACGUGUAUGUACGCUUCCAAAACAUGUAUUACAAACGUUUAAGGAUGUGUUCUCGAAACUACCUAUUAGAGUGUUGUGGAAAUACGAAGAAGAAAUGCCAGACAAGCCCGAUAACGUAUUCAUUAGCAACUGGAUGCCCCAAAGAGAUAUUUUAAGUAAGCAAUUAUAAUAUUACUUGGUAUUAAUAGCUCUAUAAUAUUAUCUCGAUUCAAUACCCUUUAAUCAAAAUUGUUAUUAUUAUUUUUUAAUUUUUUAAUUCAGAUCACCCUAAAGUUCGUGCAUUUAUGACUCACGGCGGUCUUUUGGGUACAUUGGAAGCUGUACACUCAGGAGUACCUGUUAUAGGCAUUCCGUUUUUCUUCGACCAACCGAGAAACAUAAUAAAACUGGUAGAACAAGGAUCUGGUAUUUUAUUGGAUUAUCAAUCGAUGACAACCGAUACCUUAUACGAUGCUAUUACUACGAUAAUUAACAACAGCAGGUAUGGGAUAGUAAAAAGGAGAGAAAAAAUUACAAUAUUAACUGUUACAUCGUACUGCCAAAUUGUGUUAAUUGAUAAAAUAUCGAUAUUACACCGAAUUAUUUUUUUAAAAAAUUGAAUACCUACCCACCUAACUAUAACUAAAAUGCAAUUAAUUUUCUAGUUACGCGGAAAACGCAAAAAAACUUGCAAAUCGGUUCAAAGACAGGCCUAUAAAUUCAACGGAAAGUGCCGUCUAUUGGACGGAGUACGUAAUAAGACAUAAAGGAGCGAAACACCUGAGGACCGCAGCGGUCGGGAUGCCUUGGUGGAAGUACUACUUAGUUGACGUCAUCGGUUUUAUAUUGUUAAUCGCAUUUAUUGUAUUGUAUACAAUUUACUUUAUACUCAAAACGAUCCUUAAGAAAUUAUUCCAAAAGAAGGAGACUUCGAAAAAAGAAAAGACAAAUUAA